GCAUAUCUUGUGCCAUUGGAGGAGUAGCAGUGGGCUUCAUGACCGGCUACUCCAAGACCGGCGUCGGCAUCUGGGGAGGCAUUUGUAUGAUUAUAGCAGGGACUUUUGCUAGGAAGAGAUACAAGACCACCAGAUCGAAACGCAUCUACCAAGGACUUGCCGGUUUGUCGUUUAUCUGCGCCCUACUCCUUACUGGGUUUGGAGGUAAAGACACAUACAGCGACUCUAGGAGAAUUGCAGCUAUUAAUGCUGCCAACCGCAACGCCACUACCACUAUCGCACCUCCCACAACCACGAUAAAGAAUGUGUUGUUGCAUAACGUGAACGCCACGGCCGCUCCAAUCCAGAACGCAAGUACCAUCAACGGUCCAGCCGUUGACACAUCUGACUGGCCUUUCCACUACCACUAUCCGGACAUGGCCUACGUUCGUGUCCUAAUUGACGUGUUGACCAUGGCGGUUGGUGUCAUCUACAUCAUGAUUUUUGCCAAGUCCGCAAAAGAAACCGUCUUAGCUCCUAUUGGACCGUGGCCGACCCAGGGGAAGGAGACGCAGAUGUCCGACCUUAGCCCAACUCAUAAAGUCCACAUGGAGCUCCCCCCGGCCUACACUGCGGCUGGAGAGAGCGAGUAACUGGAUCCAAGACCGGGGAGGAGGGGAGACGAAAGAGCCGCUGUUUUGGCCGAAAAAGAACAUAUUUGAACUAGGGUAUAUGCCAUUUCUAAAGUUGCAUGAAAUAAUGGAGCUGAAAAAAAAUUCUCAGAAAAAAAGGGCCCUUCUCCCUCACCCUUACUUUGAAACUGCUGGCUACAGACCUACAUAAAUCUGGACGAACUUGGAUUUGAAUUGGGCAACGCCUUUUCCACGGACGAAUGAACGAAGAUCGGGACCGUCAUCCCAACCACUGACGAUGCUGUGAACUGUGCGACGCUAUUAGCAUCUGUAGAGCUUUGGUGCUUCAUAUGAAGUACCCUUUCGAAAUGACUGAGACACUGUUAUCCAAUAUAUAUAUUCCUGAUAUGCUAUAUGGGUGUUAUUCUAGAUGCCGACUAUUACUAGUCUUUCACGCCCCGGCGUGGGGGAGUCCAAAUACGAUGUGUGUGCCAGUGUCUUCCAUGGAAACGGACUGCUUAAAAACGCUGCUGACCGGUAGCUCGUUCCCGUGAAAUCGACAUAAAUACAUGCAACCAUCCACUGAACAUUCGUUUGUUCUUUCGGUGCUCUGCGCUUUCGGUGCUCUAACGGUUUUCCGUUAGCCGUUACCUUAGGUGACAUCAGAUCCUGACGCCCAAAGAGUGGGUCAUGGUUUUUUAACUCCCCCACGCCGCCCAGGCUGUGUUAUCUAUCUCCCUGAGUGUGCGUGUCUAUUUUAACCUUAUUAUCAUUAUCAUUAUCACAUUAUAUCUCUACCUUAAACAGAAGCGUUUGCGUUUGGUAUGUUGCGUCAUGCUCUAGCGGGUUAUAUACAUAUACAUUAUUUUAUAAAAUAUUAUAUAUAUAUAUUAUAAUAGUGCUUUUAAUGGUAUUAUUUAGUUUACAUGCAUUCAUUUAUAUUUAGAUAUUCCGUGUCUUUCAACCUUCAUGCUUGCUUGUGCCAUUAAGUGCAACUUUGUUUACCAUCAAAACCACGAAUCAUAUCUCUAACCUUGAGUAUUGUAUGGAAGCAAAAUGGACAUGUAGAUUUGGAUAGAAAAAUGUCGGGAUAGUCCAAGUUCUGUUCGAUAAUACAAUCUGGAUAACCUGAAAAUCAACAGGACAAGAACGAAUGGAUUUCUUCGUGAAUCAAAAUUUAUGAAGACGGACUACCUCUGGUUGCCGAGAUUGUCUGCCAGCUCAAAGAAUUAUUAACCUAACUCCGUAUGAAUUUUUGUACGUACAAUUCUGCGUAAUUACGUUUCACAGCACUCACAUCUUUCUUGGAAUCGGGACCCCAAGGACACCUGUGUGGUCCGAGAUCCUGUAGUAUAGAAUAAAAAAAAAUUAAAAAAUC